GGGACAGUGGGGCGCUGGCCUAGCGGCGUUGCAGUGCGGGGGCCGGCCACGCACAGGGUCAUCAGCCCCCGUGUUGGCCCUGCUCUCGGAGGCGGUGCUGGUUGUAGUGGCGGCUUCAACGCGACCCUACAAUAACAAACCCCAGGAGACUGAGUCGCUGCUUGUCUCCCCCCAGACAUCACUCUUUUUCCUGGACCAGCCCUGAGGCCCGGGGUUGCUCCUGGAUUGGCUGGUGGCCUCAGACCAUCCCAGUCUGGUUUCAUGUGAUUUCCAGCACAUGCUGUGCAGAUGGUUUCCUGUCUAUAGCAGACCACUGCUGGAGUGGGACCUUUGCAUAUAGAAGUCGGCCCCCGUUUUGUUGUAGUGGCUCUCCCAGAUGAUCUGAGCAGAUCUUCCCGGUAUGCCAUGGCACGGCAUAGCAAGCUCCAGAAGCAAGUCUUGAGCUUGUACAGACAGUUCCUACGAGCCGGCAAAGAGAAGCCGGGAUUCUUACCUUGUAUACAGGCCGAGUUCCGGAAGAACGCCAGCAUCCCUCGGAUGGAUGUUAUGCACAUUGAAUAUCUCAUCCGCCGUGGCCAGAGGCAGCUGAAGCAGCUCAGAGACGUUAACACCAAACAAAUGGGCACCUUUGUCAAAACCAAGCCGGAAGAGCGGUGAUCCCUGCUGGCUGGUGCAGGCGACUUUCUUGUACUGGGACAGUUAGCGUGUGAAUUCAGAGACGUGCCUUCCAGAUUCUCACAUCUUCGUGCACCCCUUUCUGUUUGCACAUGGAUAUGAUCACAGUGAAGGAAAUCUGUCCAGUCGGUGCAGUUGUCCUGCCUGGAUUGGAGUUCAGUGGGAUAAAUAAAGCCUGGUUUAGGUAUCUUUACGAGCGGGAGCCACUAGAGGGUGAAUUUGAGACGCCAGUCUCUAUCAUUCUAAGCGUUUUAAUCAUUCGGGGUGGAUGGGUGAUCUGGAGAUGGCAUUCUUGGGACAUAAUCCAUUCCUACCCCUGUUGUCUCCUCUUUUCCAUCCUGUAGCUAAAGUCAAAUAGGCAGAUUACCCAGAAAAAUAAAAGAAAGGGACAGUGGUGGGUUGAAAUCCUCUUUCUGUCUUUUUUUUUUUUUUUUAAUUAUCCGUAGCAUCUAAAAGCCCCAGUCAAGGACCAGGCCCCCACUGCGCUAGGUGCUGUACAAACAGUGGAUUUGGGUGCUACAAUUCUUGAGGGCCCCACCGAAGUGCCUUAGAAGGACCAGAAAGAGCUGAGCGCCUGCCUUCGGAAAAUCAGGUUCCCUUUAGGUGUCUCAAGGUGGGCGGCUCCCUCCCCCCACCCUAAAAUCACUAGCCACUUCUGAAAAUAAAGGCUUUGGGCCAAGGCAUUCUCCAGGGUGUA